AUGUGUUGGCAGUGACGAACAGAGAUGCACAAAUCAUCAACACCGCAGCAAAAUCCAAGAUCCCUUUUUGUGUUUUUCUUGAAGGGAAAAAAAAAAGAAAAAACCCAAUAAUCAGAGCCCACUUCCCCAGAUAAUUUAGACUCUUUUGCUCUGUUCUGUUCCUUUUUUUCUUGGAGACAGGACUGUGAAAAGGGUGUGUGAUUUUUGUGCAUUAGUUCAAGAAUGAAAUCUUUAUGGAAUUCUGGUAUCUGAAGGUGGAAUCUUUCUAUUUUUUUUCAGAUCUGGGCUUUUGUGAAAAGGGUGAAAUAGGCAAGUUGGGCCAGUGGGGUUUUUCUUUUUUGUGUUAUGAUUGAUAGAAAUGGAGGAUAAUAAUGUGAGAGAAGAGGCUUCAGCUGCGGAAGAUGGAAGGUUUUCUCCCCUGGAACCCGCUCAUGGUGCAGCAGCUGAGGGUGCUGGCGAUUCAGUUGAUCAGAUGAAUUGUGCAGUCCCAAAUGACAAGAAUGCAUUAGGUUCUUUGCACAAUGAAGCAAAUGACACAAGGACUGUGGAAGAAGGGGCGAGGGAGGAUAUGUUUGUUGAUUGUCCAGAUGAGAUAGAAACUUCUGAAUCCCAACAGAAUUCUGAGGGGAAGGAUAAUCCACAGGAUGACCAAGCUGAUGAAUCAGACAGUGGGAUCAAAGUCGAACAAUUGCUGGCUGAGAUCGAAAGGUUGCGUGAUAUGCAUGAGCAAAGUGUUUCCGAGAAAGAAAGAUUUGCACGAGAAUAUGAGGAAGAAAGAAUGCUUAUGAAAGAACUUGCUCAAGUUUGUUACCAAUUGAAGGUUCCAAAUGAGCAACAGACACCAGUUGAAAAUUCUGAUGGAUUGGUUGAACAUCUUCAAACUGAAGUGGUACAUUCGGAUGUAAAGACUCUGGAUUCUGGUGCCUCUUUGCGCGAGAUGAUAAGCGGGUGCUCUACGUUCCUAAAAAAUGCUUUGGAUGAACAUUUGCAGACUCAGGAAAAAGUUAGAGAACUCCACUCUGUACUCUACAUGAAAGAUCAGGAAAUUGAUGUUCUCAACGCAAAGGUUGCCGAGUUAUCUGAAUCAAGCAAUACUACUCAGUCCAAUUCAAAUUCUGAAUAUCAGAAGUUGUCUCAGUUAUAUGAACUUCAGCUUGAGAAGGAUGGGCAUAUUGAGGAAAUUGCAAACAGGAUAUCAGCAUCCCUUUCCAUGCUGCACGAUCAAGAAGAGCCAUUUGAUGGAUCACUUAUAGAAAAGAUUAUUAACAUUGAAAAAUCACUCACAUUUUUAGUUGAAAGGUAUAAACUUUUUGUUUCUGAAAGUGACCAGCUUAGAGGAUGUUUGAAUGAGGUUGGACUAGAUGUAAUGCUUGAUGAAAUUGGAACUUUUUCUGUGGCAUGUGAUAAAAUGCUUGAACUUAAAAGAAAGGAAGAGAAUUUGUCCCAAAAUCUAAUCAAUCUAGAGAGUGAGAAUCUGAAAUUGGUUGAAGAAUUAGAGAAACAGAGAUCAGAAAUUGGAAGAUUAAGUGCAGAAGUUGGCCAAGAGAGGAACAGGUAUGCUAACACAAAGGAGAAGCUUAGCAUGGCCGUGACAAAAGGGAAGGCAUUGGUACAACAGAGGGACUCACUGAAGCAAUUGUUGGCUGAGAAAACAAGUGAGUUGGAAAAAUGUGCAAUUGAAUUGCAAGAGAAAUCAAGUGCUUUAGAGGCUGCAGAAAAGACAAAGGAAUUGAUUGGCACAAGUGAAAAGUUUGCUGCUUCGCUACAGGAAUCUCUUGCAGAAAAGGAAAUGAUUCUUCAAAGAUGUGGAGAAAUAUUAUCUGAAAGUGUGGCAACAGAGGAACUGCAACAUGCAGAUAUCACCGAGAAACUCAGAUGGCUUGCAAACGAGAAAAAUUCCCUUAAGGCUGUUGCUCUGCAGUACCAUUCAUUCUCAGAUGCCUUAUCGUUGUUUGAUUUCCCAGAAUCUGUGGGAUCAAGUGAAUUCGAUGUGCGUGUUCGUUGGCUUGCAGAGUCAUUUUCUCUGUGUAAAGAAGAAGCUAUGAGGUUACAAUCUGAGAUAGCUAAAAUAAAAGAAGCUGCAAAUAUGCAGAUUGACCACCUCACCACUUCACUUUUGGCAGAAACACAGGAGAAAAGUUAUCUGGAAGCAGAACUGGAGGACUUAAGAAACAAAUAUGAAGCACAUGAAAGGUUGCAACAUGAGCUAGCCGAAGCUAGGGAAGCUGUAAAUAACGAGAUCGAUCACCUCAAAACAUCACUCUUAGCAGAAUCACAGGAGAAGAACCAUAUUCAACUGGAGUUGGAAAACUUGAGGCAGAAAUAUGACGAAGUUGUGCAAAAGGAAUAUCAUGUUUCAUUGGAAAAAGAUAGAAUUGUUAGUAUGUUACUGGAGGCAUCUGGACUUGCAAAUGAUGCUCCUGGAGAGGCUCAUCCAGAGCACUCUGAAAUGACCACCAUUGUUGAUAAUUGCCUCGCGAAGAUUAAAGAGAAUACAUGUCAUGUAGAACCGUCUCAAUUUGAUGUGGAAAUCUUUGAAAGCUUCAAAAGUCUUCUUUAUAUCAGAGAUCAGGAAAUGAGUCUAUAUAAGCUAAUUAUUGAGGAAGAUAUAUUAGAUAGAUUGCAGGUUGGUCAUUUGUCAAGUGAGUUGGGAAUGAGGACUAAAGAACUUAAUUCCCUAAAGGAUGAGAAUGAUGGAAUGAAGAAAAGUCUUGAGCAGUUGGAGGAUAGAUGUGCUUUACUGAAGGAGAAGUUAUCUAUGGCUGUCAAAAAAGGCAAGGGGCUUGUUCAAGAACGGGAAAACUUGAAAGGUGUGCUGAGUGAGAAGGACAAGGAAAUUCAUCAGUUGAAGUCUGAACUGCAGCAAAACUUAGACAGAUAUACUGAAUGCCAAGAUCAGAUUACUAAAUUGUCACUUGAUGUGGAGCGCAUUUCUCUGUUGGAGACAGAGCUUGUUGCGACAAAGGAACGGGCCGAUCAACUUGAGCAGUUUUUGGCUGAGAGCAACAAUAUGCUACAAAGAGUCAUGGAGUCAAUGGAAGGCAUUACCACUCCACAUGAUUUAUCUUUCAGAGAGCCUGUAGAUAAGGUCAAAUGGAUUGCUGGACAUCUUCGUGAACAUGAAAUUUCAAAGUUGGAGGUGCAAGAAGAACUGAAGAAAGUAAAAGAUGAAGCAAGUUCUUUGACCAGCAAGUUGUCUCAAGUCCAGACGAUGAUGGAGUCACUCGAGGAUGCCUUAUCAAUCGCAGAAAAUAGCAGAUCAGAACUCUUGGAUGAGAAGAAAGAACUUGAAGUUUCCAAGGCACUUCUGGAGGAGGAACUACAGAAGGAAAAAGAGAAAGCUUCUUCUCAUACAAUCAAGUUUGAAGAACUUUCUAUGAGUAAAAAAGCACUUGAAGAUGCUAUGUCACUAGCAGAGGACAAUAUUUCUAGGCUCAUGAGUGAGAGAGACAUAGCUUUGGAAAGUCGAGCUCUUGCUGAAGAUCAGCUUCAGAAAUUGAUGGAUGAAUUUUCUAACCAUACGACUAAACUUGCUGAUGCUGACAGAACUAUUCAAUCCCUUGAAGAUGCAUUGUCCCAGGCACAGAAGAAUAUUUCAUUACUUGCUGAAGAAAACAGUAAGGUACAAAUUGGUAAUGCUGAUUUGGACAGUGAGAUGAAGAAAGUCAGAGAAGAAGCUGAUUCAUAUGCUAGCAAGCUUUCCGAUGCCUCCCUAACGAUCAAGUCACUUGAGGAUGCAUUAUUAAAUGCGGAGAAUACCAUAGCAGAUCUUGUUCAGGAAAAGAAAAAUGCAGAACAGGAUAUUUUAGCACUUUCGUCUAAGUUGGAAUCUUGCAUGCAUGAGUUAGCUGGAACCCGUGGUAGCGCAUUGAAUCGGUCUGUGGAGCUCUCUGGUCAGCUUAGUCGUCUCCAGUUACUUCUUAAAGAUGAGAGACUUUCAUCCUUGCUAGGACAAUGUUUUGAGAGAAAAUUUGAGAGCCUAAAAGAUAUGGAUAUUCUACUAAAAGAAAUGGGGGACUGCUUCCUGGAAAUGGAUACCAUUGUGCUGCAAAAUAGUCAUGUGACGGAGGAUGAACCUUCUAUCUCAACAAAACUGCCAUCUACUGCUGAUAUUGCUUUCGACAAGGAAAUGUUAAAUGACGUGGUGAAUGCAGUUGAUAGUGAGAGCAUCAUGUCUCAUAUUGAAAAGAUGAAUGAAAGAUUUCAUCUGAAAGGCAAGAUGUUGGCUGAUAAAUUUGAGAACUUAUCCACACUUAUGGAUGAAUCAAAUGCAGCUUUGUUGAGAAGAUUAUACACAACGAAGGAUAGAAUAAUGAGUAUGAUCAAGCAUACAAAGUUGCUCAAACAACAAGUGCAGGACAUGGAAACAGAUAAGCAGAAGCAGGAGGACACUAUAGCAUCACUGGGAAGUGAUAUUAGAAUUCUGUUGUCUGCUUGUGCUGAUGCGACUCAGGAGCUGGAGUUGAAUGUACAUGAAAAUGUGUCGGAACUGAGAUCUAUACAUGAACUGGUGAAACUUGAUGGCACAAAGUUCAUGGAUCUUGGAGCAGUUGGCGACGAUGUAGCUGAAUCACUUGCUACUGACCACGUGAAGAUGGCUGAGAAGCUAUCACUUGCCACAAGACAGAAUCAAGAUCUUAGUAAACAUUUCCACGAUGCAAUAAAAAGGUUGACGAGUAUAGCAGAAGAUUUGAAGAGCAAAUUGAGAGAAACUCAACUAACUUGUGAUAAAGUUUUGGAAGAAAGAGAUCUGUACAAAGACAUAACCUUGAAGUUGGAGACUGAGUUGGAAGCACAGCAAAACUUAUGUCAUGAGAUGACAAUUAAACUAGAUGAUUAUAAGGAGCAAGAGGAUGAACUAAGGAAAAGAGAGGAAGAACUGUCUACUUCACUAUCCAAAGUCUUGGAAGAAACUCAGCUAACUUAUGGAAAAGUCUUGGAAGAAAGAGAUCUAUACAAAAAUAAAACCGCAGAGUUGGAGAGUGAAUUGGAAGCACAGCAAAACUUGUGUCAUGAGAUGACAAUUAAACUAGAAGAUUAUAGGAAACAAGAGGAUAGACUGAGGAAAAGAGAGGAAGAACUGUCUACUUCAUUAUCCGAAGUUCAUGAUAUGGAAAAUUCGCCAUUAUCAGUGUCUCAAGUAAAAUCCAUUUUGGAUAAGAUGAACGAGGUUGAAGUCCCUGAUGCUGCAUUUGCAGUUGGAAAUUCACAUGAUUCAACCAAUGUAAGAAAGCUGUUCUCUGUAAUAGAUGGUUUUAAUGACUCUCUGCAGAAGGUAAGCUUACUCUCUCGUAAAAACGAGGAACUGCAAUCAACCAUUGAUAAGCAAAUUCUCGAAAUUGAAUUUCUGAGAAAGCAAGUUGAAGAUCACAUGGAUAACGAGAAAGACUCUGAAAAGAUGAACAAAUUGUUAGAACUUGAAUCAGGUUUGAAAAAUAUUGUUUGGAAGCUGGGAGGCGGUGAUUUAAUGGGUGAUCUAAAAGCAGCUGGGUCAACAUGGCUACUGCCCUUGCUUGACAAACUGGUUAUGGCCAAAAUGCUCGAAUCUGAGAGUUUGAAAUCUAAAACUGAAGAACUUGGCGCCAAGUUAAUUGCGACCCAAAAGCUUGUGGAUGAUUUGUCGAGCAAGGUUAAAUUACUAGAAGAUUCGAAUCAAGCUCGAAUUUUUCCACCAGAGAUAGAGCAGGAAGGAGGAACCUCUGUAGCUACUCAGUCAGAGAUCUCAGAAAUGCAAGAUGUGGUAAAUUUGGCAGCAGUUGGUAUGAGCAACAACAUUCCUCACGUUCAGUCUGCUGCUCAUGUGCGUUCAUUGAGGAAGGGUUCGAAUGAUCAUCUUGCUAUCAAUAUCGGCUCUGAGUCUGAACGUUUGAUAAACAAUGAGGAAACUGAUGAAGAUAAAGGUCACUUAUUCAAGUCCCUGAAUACCUCUGGUCUGAUUCCUAGACAGGGCAGAAGCGCUGCCGAUCGAAUUGAUGGAAUUUGGGUAUCAGGAAGUCGAGCUUUAAUGAGGCAUCCGCGGGGGAGGCUGGGACUCAUUGCUUAUUGGCUUGUCUUGCAUAUUUGGUUACUCGGCACCAUUUUGUAACACCUGCAACGUGCGACCUCCACAGAAACUACAGAUAGAACUAUAUCUUUUAAAAUUUUGUAAAAUAGAGAUAGUCGAAUUUAUCAUUCUUUUUUCACCUCUCACUUUUCCCAAAUAGCCUGAGAUGUAAAUGUUCAUAUCACUCUCCCUUUCUCAUUCUCUGCAGUCCAAUAUUAGGGAUUCAGAGAACUCAGCUCAGAAAUUGUGCUCUUGUGCAGAUAUUGGCAUUGUCUAAGAAAAUAAAUUUGAUCUUGUCCCAGAUUUC